AUGGAUUCAACGUUUGCCUUUGACCAUUUUCCACCGGAACUUCUCAAUGACUACAACAAGCAACUCGCAUUAAAAAUUCAAGAGUUGCAAAAGACUUUGGAAGAGAAGAACAAGAAAUUUCAAGCCGAGGAGCAGCGAUGCCAAACUUUGAAAGAACAUUUUAAAAAUGCAACAGUCGAAGCACAAAAUACGCAGCUCUUGUUGGAAGCGAAAAAUAAUGAAACCACCACAGAAUUGCAUAUGAAGCAGGUAGCGGAGAGAGAAUUGGGACGAUUACAAAUUGAAAUUCAAAAAAUUGACAAGCAAGUGAAUGACAUUCAAGAUCAGACCAAUCUUGUACAAAAUGAAAUCUUUAGAGCCAAUGAAAAAAUUGAUGAGCUGAAAACCAACAUGGGUUUUGACCAAGAAGAAUUGGAACAAUGGACUCUUGCAGAAAAGCAAAAAGAAGAGGAUCAAGAAGUUUUGGAAAAGUACUCGAAACAAGACGAAAAGAAAAUUAAAGACCUUACAUUGGAGAGCGAAAAAUGGGCCAAACUCGUUGAAGAAAAAAAGGUGGAGUACGAGAAAGAAAUAACUGAGACACAAUCCCAACAAAUUGAGUUGGAAAAAACGGCUGAAGAUUUUAAGAAUGUUCAUAAAGAGCGACAAUACUUAAUCCAGCAAUGGGAAGAUACUAUCGAGGCGAUGAACAAGCGAGAUGAGCUUAUUCAAAAAAGCAGGAGAGGCUUUAAAUAA